AUGGACAUCCCGGACGGGUUUCGACUCNACUUCGUGAAGGAGCUGAGGGACAACGCCGACCAGGUACCGUUGGGGUUCGUGACCGGGCAGGAAGACACCUGGGACAAACGAGGGGCGAAGCGUGUGCAUGUUGGCCAGCCAUUCCCCGGCUUGGAGAAGCGGCAGUGCACGGUGCAACCGACGACGGGAGCAGGAGGGAAAAAGACGAGGUGCGCGACCAUCUUCCGCGGCAAAGGAACCGGCAUCACCAAGGUGGAGAAGGCAGCAUACGACAAGCGCCUAGAUGUCUUCUUUCAGCCCAAGGCCUGGGCCGACAGCGACUUCUGCAUGCAAUGGCUGGAGCGCUCUUUUCGCCCGAGCCGAAUGGUAGACGGGAAGGUGCCCGAGGAGCAGUCGCUUCUUCUCGCCGACAACCUGCACGGGCAGACGACUGAGGAAUUCCGCAAGUACGAGGAGUGCAACACGUUUUUUUGGCACCUGCCGGCAGGCUGUACGGACGAGGUCCAGCCGAUCGACGCCGGCUAUGGACGGCGGCUGAAGGUGGCUGUGGGGGUGCAGCUGGACAAGUGGCUGGAGAGCGGAGACAACCUGCAAAAGUGGGAGGCCAAAGCACUGACGUGUUCCGAACGUCGCUUGUUGCUUACCAGUUGGGUGGCACAGGCGACCGAGGAGAUCGAUAAACAAGAGCAAUAUCGGAUCCGUCUCUUCGAGAAAACCGGAUGUGGAAUGACGGCGGAUGGCUCUGGGGACGACAAUUCAACCUCGAGGGCCUUUCCACAUAUUCCUUCAUGGAUGUGGAGGGUGGCGCCAGCGCUGAUGAGGAGGGCAAGGAGGAUGGGGACACCAGCAAGGUUGACGUGGACCAGCUGUCGGAAGACGCCUCUUCCAGCGUUGACGAGAGCGAUGGAGACGAUGACAACGAUGAGGAUCCGCUGACCUAGCU